AUGUCUAGCAAAUCCACCGUGAGGAGCCAAAGCGUCAGCCACCGUGGCUUCAGCACCAGCUCAGCCAGAGUCCCAGGGGUCUGCCGCUCUGGCUUCAGCAGUGUCUCUGUGUCCCGCUCCAGGGGCACGGGUGGCCUCGGUGGAGUGUAUGGAGGAGCUGGCUUUGGGAGCAGGAGCCUCUAUAGCCUGGGAGGCUCCAAGAGGAUCUCCAUCGGAGGGGGCAGCUGUGCCAUCAGUGGCGGAUAUGGUGGCCGAGUUGGAGGUGGCUUUGGCUAUGGAGGUGGAGCUGCCAGUGGAUUUGGUUUUGGUGCCGCAGCUGGUGGUGGCUUUGGGCUCGGUGGUGGAGCUGGUUUUGCUGGUGGCUAUGGGGGCUCUGGCUUCCCUGUGUGCCCCCCUGGAGGCAUCCAAGAGGUCACCGUCAACCAGAACCUCCUCACUCCUCUGAACCUGCAAAUCGACCCCACCAUCCAGCGGGUGAGGACUGAGGAGCGGGAGCAGAUCAAGACCCUCAACAACAAGUUCGCCUCCUUCAUCGACAAGGUGCGAUUCCUGGAACAACAGAACAAGGUCCUGGACACCAAGUGGACUCUGCUCCAGGAGCAGGGCACCAAGACCGUGAGGCAGAACCUGGAGCCCUUGUUUGAGCAGUACAUCAACAACCUCAGGAGACAGCUAGACAGCAUCCUGGGGGAGAGGGGCCGCCUGGACACAGAGCUCAGGGGCAUGCAGGACAUGGUGGAGGACUUCAAGAACAAAUACGAAGAUGAAAUCAACAAGCGCACAGCAGCAGAGAAUGAAUUUGUGACUCUGAAGAAGGAUGUGGAUGCUGCCUACAUGAAUAAGGUUGAAUUGCAAGCCAAGGUAGAUGCUCUCAUGGAUGAGAUCAACUUCACCAGAGCCUUGUAUGAAGCAGAGCUGUCCCAGAUGCAGAGCCACGUCAGCGACACCUCCGUGGUCCUGUCCAUGGACAACAACCGCAGCCUGGACCUGGACAGCAUCAUCGCUGAGGUCAAGGCCCAGUAUGAGGACAUCGCCCAGAGGAGCAAGGCGGAGGCCGAGGCCCUGUACCAGACGAAGCUUGGGGAGCUGCAGACCACAGCCGGCAGGCAUGGAGAUGACCUGAAGAACACCAAGAGUGAGAUUUCUGAGCUCAACAGAAUGAUCCAGAGGCUGCGGGCCGAGAUUGAGAACGUUAAGAAGCAGAACGCCAACCUGCAGGUGGCCAUCACCGAAGCUGAGCAGCGUGGGGAGCUGGCCCUCAAGGAUGCCAAUGCCAAGCUCCAAGAGCUACAGGCCGCCCUGCAGCAGGCCAAAGAUGACCUGGCCCGGCUGCUGAAGGACUACCAGGAGCUGAUGAACGUGAAGCUGGCCCUGGACGUGGAGAUCGCCACCUACCGCAAGCUGCUGGAGGGCGAGGAGUGCAGGAUGUCUGGAGAGUGCCAGAGCGCUGUGAGCAUCUCGGUGGUCAGCGGCGGCGGCGCUGCAGGUGGUUACGGCGGCGGCUUCGGCGGCGGCUUCGGCCGGGCAGGCGGCGGAGGCGGCGGCAGCGGCAGCGGCAGCGGCUUCAGCUUCGGCGGCGGCAGCGGCAGCGGCAGCGGCAUCGGCGGCAGCGGUUUCGGCUUCGGCGGCGGCAGCGGCAUCGGCGGCAGCGGCUUCGGCUUCGGAGGCGGCAGCGGCGGCUUCGGCUCCGGAGCUCGCUGCGGAGUCAGUGGCGGAGGUUUCAGCUCGGGCAGCAGCCGGGGCGGCAGCGUCAAGUUCUCGCAGUCUUCGCAGCGCUUCUCCAGAUAA